GCAGAGCUGCAGGACCUCAUAAGUGUUUGGGGAGAGGAGGCUGUGCAAGCACAGCUGCGCUCCAGAAGGAGAAAUUAUGAUACCUAUGGGCAGAUAUCGCAGUCCUUGAUGAGAAGGGGCCAUGAACGGGACGCGUUGCAGUGCAGGGUCAAAAUUAAAGAGCUGAGGAGUGCUUACUGCAAAGCUCGUGAGGGAAAUCGCCGCUCAGGAGCUGCCCCCACAACCUGCCGUUUUUACCAGGAGCUGGAUGCCAUACUUGGGUGUGACCCCACUGCCAAUCCUAGGAGCACGAUGGAGAGUUCAGAGCAGGGAGAAGUGGGGGAGGUUGUAGAGGACAGCGACAGUGAGGCUACUGGUGUGGAGGGAGACACCCCGGAGUCCCAGUACACAUGCAGCCAGGAGCUCUUCUCAAGCCAGGAGGAGGCUAGCCAGUCGCAGCAGCAGGAAGUUGAUGGUGAGGAAGAAACUGAGGAUCGUGCUCGGGUGACCUUGACUACUGCAGCUGGAUCACCGGCCUCACGUAGGUUGCAGAACUUGAGACGGAAUCCCAGAAAAUCAAAAGAGGAAUUGAUCAAAUCUGUUAUGAGUCACUACAACAGAGAAAGUAGGAAGACACAGGAAUGGAGAGAGAAAAUGUAUGAAUGGAGACAGAGUGUACAUGAAUGGAGGCAAACAGAAAGCAGGAGAAAGUAAUUGUCUGCCAAAAAAACCACAAAGCAGAUGAUAAGCCUCCUGGCUCGCCAAACUGAGUCUUUCGAGUCUCUCGUAGCCAUGCAGACAAAUAUGUACCGUUGUCACCCACAGCCCUCCCAAAGCCCUCUUCCUUGUUCCCCAGUAUUUCCACAAAACAACUUUCUCCAGCAGCCAGUUCCUUAUUAUCCCCAGCUGCCCCCAACACCUGUACGAUCACCUACCAGCCCUGAUAACUAUAAUUCUUACCCUGUUCACUCCACCCCCAUUAUCCUGCAGCAUAGUAAUCCUGAAGUGCAGCAGACAUUGAAUAGUGAUCAAAAUAGGACAUAUUCAAACCUGUGAAUGUACAGUCCACCACCCCAACCCCCUUGCCUUUUAUGUACUGUAUGUUGAAUAAAGGAUUUUUUUUCUUUUUCA